AUGUCUCUUAGAGUGAAGGAUUCUGAGAUAAACAAGCAAAACAUUUUCUUCGGCCGGAACCCUAUGGAUUAUAAAGUUGGCAAAGGAAUUUGGAAUGUGUAUAGGUUGGAUAUCUUUGAUCAAGGUUAUGAAAUGAACUCGGAGAAUCACGGACUAUCGAUUACGGAUGACCUACUCAUCGACUAUCAUCUUUGUAUCUUAUUUCUUAUCUCUUAUUUACCAUUGAGAUACCAGUAUCUAAUCUGUAAACGGGACGGAGAGAUAUGGAUUGAGAGACGCUGA